AUGGAUGAUAUAGGAAAAACCUCUCAAAACGGCCCUUCUCAGGGCCAAAACUCAAACGGUCCUUCUCAGGACCAAACCCCAAACGGCCCUUCUCAGGGCCAAACCUCAGAAGACAGGACGCAGGCGAAGACGCCUGUUCGGGUGGAGCGCAUGGUGCUCAGGUCGCGUUCGAAGACCCCUAAAGCACCUGAAGAGACAGCGGACAAAGCUGGCAGUGGCUAUAAGGAGGCGGACCAGUCUGACACAGGUAGCCCCGUCACAAUGCGUUCGCAAUCGGCACAGGAUGAUGGAGACUCAGACUCGGCUAUGAGCUGUAGUUCGAUAGAGGAGAGCAGGUUUUGGCGGAAACGCAAAACUAACCUUGGCGGCUCGGGUUCAGAUACCGAAACAAAGAGAGGCCGCGGCAGGCCUCCUUCUACAGGGCAAUUCGAGGGCCUCGCCAGAUCGAAGGAGGAGCUGAACCGUGCCAAAAGAGAAGAGGUCAGCCUUAGGGCGGAAGAAGAGGUAGCCAGCCUUGCGCGGUCGCUCUCAACUCGCAGCCUGCCUGGCAGUGGCAAUAGAGCUGUGUGCCUGUCUCAAAACGAGGAGGAGCACUCUGCGAGCUCGCGAUUUGAGCAGGUGCAGACCAGCCUGAGGGCAAUAGAAUUGGUGGCCACAAAGUCCUCAAAUCUAAAGGGUACCUUUGUAAAAUCCCUAAAAAAAGCCGUCGAGUGUAUAGGAGACGUUUUCGAGGAAAUCAAAGAUCGCACGUCCUCUGAAGAAUCGCGGCGUCUGCAGGCGCAAAAUGACCGUCUGCGAGCGGAGCUGAAGGAGCUCCGCUCCGAAAUGGAGCAGCUCAGAGCGGAACUCCGGGCUCAAUUUAGGAGACAGUCCCCGGUCCCGUCCCCGGUCCCGUCUCCGCCGAAGGAGCAGACACAGCCCGCCCGUUCCCUUGAGCGUUCCAGUGUGGACGAUAUGGUGCGGGCCAUGACGGCUCAAGUGGGGCUGAUGCUCGACGCUCGGUUUGGAGCUCUCGAGCUGGAGGGUAGGCUCCUGCCGGCCCAACCAAUGCGGCCCCCGUUGGCUGCUGACAGGCGACGACAAGCCGCACAGGCGGCUUCACAAGAAAUGGCGGCGGGGCCAGCGCCCGUAAUUAAGACGGCUGUAAGUGGACCCAGGUCGGCUUCAACCUCCACUCCGAGGCGAAGCCCUCCGAAUCUCACCGAAGAGCCCCAAAAGGGCAGCAAAACUAAUAAAGGAAAGGGAAAAGGGAAGAAGAGCGCGGCCCCAACAGCGGCUAAGGCCACCACAAACCCAUCUUCUCCCUCGACAUCAGCUCCUCCUCCCCUGCCAUCAGUUCCUGCUUCCAUGAACGAGGGCUGGAAUUUGGUGACCCGAGGCAAGAAGAAGGCGACGGCAAAAUCGCGCUCCGCGUCCCAACCAGCACCACAGCAGCAAAAGGCUAUCAAGCGUAAGCCGCGUAAACUCCGCUCGCCUCGCUCGGCGGCGGUAGUUUUGACGUUGCAUCCGGACGCUGAAGAGAAGGGAGUAACGUACGCGCAGGUGCUUUCCAAGGCGAAGGAAAAUAUCGACCUGGAACGGCUAGGCAUCACUGCCAUAAAAUUCAAGCGGGCUGCCACUGGCGCCAGGAUCCUUGAAGUGCCGGGGGCAACCAAUGGCGAGAAGGCCGACUCGCUGGCCAAAGAGCUGGCUGAAAAGCUGGGGGAGGACAUCGUUCGAGUCUCCAGGCCGGUAAAGUGCACGGAGCUGCGCCUCACGGAGCUCGACGACUCGGUGUCGCCUGGCGAGGUUGUCGCAGCGGUUGCUAAAAUCGGCGGCUGCGCAGAGGGCCAGAUAAAGGCAGGGGAAAUCCGCCAAGAUGCCUCCGGUCUUGGUACAAUCUGGCUUCGCUGCCCGGUCACGGCAGCCAAAAAGGUGGUGGAAACUGACCGCGGACGACUCCAGGUAGGAUGGGUCCGUGCCGCAGUGAAGCUGCUUGAUCAGCGUCCCAUGCGGUGCUUCAAGUGCCUUGAAAAGGGUCACGUCAGGGCACAAUGCACCUGCGACGCUGAUCGCACUGAUCUGUGCUAUCAUUGUGGCAAAUCCGGCCACAAAGCAGCCGGCUGUUCCGCGCCGCCACACUGUGUUGUCUGUGAAAGCGCAGGUAAAAAGGCAGACCAUAGGCUGGGCUCCAAGGCUUGUCUAGCUCCUGGCCCGAAGGCGAUGAGAAAGAAGGCUGCAACUGGCUCCCGGGCCAUGUCCCAGCCUGACCAGCCAUCCAGCAGCAGGUUGGACGCUCUGGAGGAGGAUCGAAUGGCCACGGAUUAA